UAUUUAUUGCUUAACUGAUAGGUCCACAUACUUUCAUUUUUUUUUAUGCCUGGCAAAAGAAGGGGUUCAAUCAACCGGCCCCCAACACCUGAUGCAGAGAAUAAUAAUCAAGACCGAGAACCCACUCUUCAAGAAAUCAUAAACAUCAAGUUAAUCGAGAGUGGAGAAAAAGAACGGUUGAAGGAGCUUUUGAGGGAAAGGCUCAUAGAAUGUGGGUGGAGGGAUGAAAUGAAAGCUCUCUGCAGGGCAUUUGCAAGGAAGAAAGGGAAAAGCAAUGUAACGGUGGAUGACCUGGUACAGGUUAUUACUCCAAAAGGCAGAGCAUUGGUUCCCGAUUCUGUUAAGGCUGAGCUGCUACAGCGGAUCAGAACUUUUCUUGCAUCAGCUGCUAUAUAAUAUAGAGACGAGUGUGCAGUUGAAGAGUUGGACUGUUGUUUUCAUGUCGAAGUGGUGAUAUCAUGCUUUGCUGCUGUGAGGUUUCCCUGGAAAAUUUAGUCAGAUAUUUUGGGAUGCAGAGCUCAACGUUGGAAACGACUCAUUCAGCAAAGAGUUCCUUGUGUAUAUGGUGGUGUGUAGGUCAUGUUUGAUAGGAUUUAAUCAUCAUUAGAAUGAAAAUCAUUUGUAAUAAAGCUUUGUUUGAAAAAAAUUUGAUAGAUUUAAACUGUUUGUGAUAUUUUGUUUUUGCUAGGGCUGACUCGAGCAUGGCUGGAAUUGUAACAUAAUUUGGGUUAGGAAAUUGCUGAGUGUUGCAGAAUGAUCAUAAGUAUGACUUGGGUUGGAAUAUUGUCCAAACAUCGCUUGGGUUGGAAUGGUCUCUGACACAAGCUUGUGUCAAGGCAUUGUCCCA